AUGGAUGAACAUUGCUUGGUCAUGUGCGGCAAAUGGAUUAGUGGAGAUGACAGAAAGUGGGAUUUCAUUAUUGACAAGCAGAUGAUGUCGAGAGUAGUCCAAUUGAGUGAGCAUAUGGGUUUGAUUGAGUUAAAAGAAAGCGUUCUCAGAGAAUUCUACGGCGAGGGAGUCGUCGCCAUUUCCCCUUCCCUCAGUUAUUGGCCACUAAACAACAUGGAGCUGGCAACCGGGAAAACUACACCGCCGGUGCUGGUUACAAAUACAGGGGCCAUAAGCUUCUUUUUCAAACACCUCCGCGCAGAAAGGAGAAUGAACAUGUUUGUGUCUUUCUCUUCCGAUGCUGGAAGCGAUGGGCUGAGGGCAGACCUAAGUAAAGAUAACGAUUACAUCACACCAGCUCAACCGAAGAAGAGGCAAAAUAUCUUCCAAAAUCAGAACGAGCCAACAAGGAGUGGUUCUGGGUUCGAAGAGUUCGGUGGUUACGAUUCAUCUGUUGGGUCAAAGAACCUGCCUGUAUACUGCAAAGAUGAAGAUAUUCUUAGCCACAUCCAAGAAGCGGAGGCUAAGUGGGCAGAGGGCAGCACCCGUAAACAGAGCAGAUGCAGUAGCAAAGAGACAAUACUGUCAGACACUGAAGACAAUUUCCGUGAGGUUCCACCUGAUGUCGAAGUUCGGAAAGCUGGCUAA